AUGUUUGCUAUAGUAAACGGAAUAAUAAAUUCCACCGUUGGUUUACUGUGCAGUAAACUACGAGAUUACACUGCAGAGAGACUCAAUGAAGGCGAUUUAAAUGAAGAAAAAUGCAGACAGAUUGUUGUUCGCGACAUUGACGAUAUUAAGUCGAAGCUCGAUGGUUUGUCGAGAAAGGACCUGCUUGCCAGUCUCAGCUUUUUCAAAGAAGGAGUUACCAGGUUCUAUAUUUCUCUCGAGACAUCUGGUGAAUCUCGUCAUCAGCCCAGCACUUCAAAAGCACAUUCAGAAGACGAAUCUGACGUCGAAGGCGCAACAGCGGCGAGAGUUGAGCAGUUUCCUGUCACGCAAGCUAAACGCGAUGCCUUAGAAAGCGUAUUUGAACUUUCUAAAAUCAUUGGAAACUUAAAAAUCGCAUCGAAAGAACGCUACAAAUUGGCUAUAAAGUCUUUAGAAGAAUCAAGAAGGCUAGCAACGGAAGUAUUUAACAACGUAGCGUUGAGUGCAGAAGAUAGAUUGAUGGCGAGCAAACUUCGCAUUGCCAGCAGAAUCCUCGAAGGCUUAGAGGACCCAGAAGCAGCCGUUCAUGACUGCUUACUCUACCUGAAAGAGCUACACGAUUUACCAGCAAUACAAGCGAUGUUUUCUGUAUGGCGAGAUUCUGAUAAAGGGAUUACAUCCCGCUUAAGAGCUCUCUUCUACAAAGAGAAAAGAAAUGUUAAUGUAGAGUCGAUACAAGUGAUCAACGCAUUAUUAAUGGAUCUCAUCAUCAAAUUUACAAACAUCAAGAUGGGUCUUUUGAACUGGCCAACGAUAAAGAUUGGUAAAGAUUUCCAUCAUCCACUGUUGGAAAACCAUGCGCUUCGAAGAAAAUUUGAAGACAAAAAAACGCAGCUUCCUUGGUAUUGGAGGUUUGAUGAAUGUAUUGAAGCAGAUUCUACUUGUGCGGUAACUAGCAAAGGAGAAUUUCUAUCACGCGUACGGUACGACGGUAAUAGCCUUAAAGUCACAAGAAGAAGCGGCGAACACGAGUUGUUUUGUAACGUUCCCUCGAAAAUAUGCUGUUUUGCUGUAGGUGAAAAUGAUGAUGUAUAUAUCGUCGUCGUGAAUAUCCCGUCCUUUUAUAAAAAGGAUUCUCCUCCAUGUAAAUUAUUAUCCUUGGAUUCUGAUGGUAACGUAAAGGCGGACAGAUUUCUUGACGUGAUUGAUGAACACCUGGUUUUUCCACAAAUGAGUGUGACCAAAGAUGGUAUGAUUGUUAUCUACUGUAAAAGCAGGAAAAGUAUGUAUAUCUGCGACAGCACAAACACCUCGCAAGACUACAAAUUUCCUCUUCCAUUCAAAAACAGCAUGAAAAAUGAUAGCUUUACUGUUUCCAAUAAAAAUGAAAUCAUUUUUACACAAGGUUACUAUGCUAAGAAUAAACUCUUUUUGUACAUCAUUACAAUCGAUGGUAAGCUAAAACAUAAAGUGCAAGUACCUCAUGAACGUGAUACCGGAAUAUUUGGUAAACUAAGUGUAGUCUCUAAUCAUGUCAAUGAAACAAUUCUUGUCAGUUCAUGCGAUGUAUUGGUUGAUGAUCAUACUAAGAUCUUCUAUUUCUCAUACACUGGUGAAUUCCUGCAUCAGUUUUAUAUCCUGGGUAAAUAUCAACAGCUCUUGUCACAUCAUGCAAACGGACAUAUCCUUUUGGUUAACAACACUAAAGCCAUUAUGCUUCAAAUGUAG